AUGCUAAUCAGGUUGAACUCACACACCCGCCCUUUCCCGAUAAUCGACGAAGAUCCCACGAAAUCAAGAUCAGCGGGCAUGCCUAUCACGGCCGCAGAGUACAACACCUUCUACUUCAUCGCCAAACUCAUCCGCCAAGUGUUCCCGGGGCACAGAUUGUAUGUCGCCCGUGAAAAGAACCUAGCCGGCAAGGUUAUAAGCUACCACGCCGGGGUAGCGAAGUAUGAAGGCAAGGUGAUGAAGGAAAUCAUCAUGGCUAGCGGUAAUGCGAAGAAACGCGUCGGUGCACUAGACACACUUUUGGGAGAUCUGGAGGACUACGUGCACGAUAACUUUGAGCAAAUCGAGGCGGAACGGCGGGCUAGGGAUGCUGAACUUGAUGCUGAACUUGAUGCCAUGGAACCAUCCAGUGAAGAGGAAGACGAGGGGGGGAAGAGAAAGGGGAAAGCACCAGGGGGAAGAGGUUCUGAUAAAAAGCCCCGGCUAGACACCGACCAGUCUAUAGAGAAGGGGGACGCGGAAAUGUCUGGUAAACGCAAGUCAAGUGAGGACUCUUCACCAGUUCGGGUGAAGGCAAGAGCGAAGCGAGAGGAUAGAGAGUUGAAGGAAGGGACAAGGGGCGGUCAGGGUGAUGUGCAGACUUCGUAG